AAACCCCAGGCGGAGGCGGAGGCUACAAAGUGUAGUCCUACUGGUCUAACUAAUGACUAUAAAUCCCAGCACGAGAGCUUCGCGGGUGUCUCAAACGGAACACCGGAACGCCACCGGGCCGGAGAGAUCCAGCCCCCGCCGAUCCAUGGCUCCCGCGGCGGCGCGGCUCCUCUUCCUCACCCUCGCCGUCGCCUCCUCCCUCGCCGUGGGCGCGGAGGCCCUCCGGUCGCUGGGCGUCGGCGACGGGGCCACCGCGCAGGGGGACUACGCCGUGGAGCUCGACGCCACCAGCUUCGACGCCUUCCUCACGGCAUCGCGAGAGUCCUUCGCCGUCGUCGAGUUCUUCGCCCACUGGUGUCCAGCUUGCAGAAACUACAAGCCCCAUUAUGAGAAGGUUGCAAAACUUUUCAACGGUCCAGAUGCUGCACAUCCUGGGAGAGUACUGAUGGCUAGGAUUGAUUGUGCAUCAAAGGUGAACAUAGAUCUUUGCAAUAGAUUUUCUGUUGACCAUUAUCCUUUCCUACUUUGGGGCCCCCACCAAAAUUUGCUAACACUAAGUGGGACUGGAAGCAAGAGAAAAGGGAAAUAAAAUUGAUUGAUGAUGGAAGAACAGCAGAGCGUUUACUUAAGUGGAUAAAUAAGCAAAUGGAAAGGCAAGUUUUUCUCCUCAAUAUUUCACUAUCGCUAAAACUUCAGUUGAUAUGUCAUCUACCGAACUAUCAAAAUUUUAUGCACCUAUAUUUGUUGACUGUGUUGCUGAACUAAGUACACAGGUGUGUAUAUUUGGGCUAAAUCUUAUGUGUUUAUAACUUAGAUGCUUCUAUGUUUUGGUUCGGUUCUACCAUUACAGGCAUGAUGGAUUUUAUUAAUACACCCUCUUUAUGCCAUGCACAGCUCUUUUACUUUGGAUGACAAAAAGUAUGAGAACGAAAAUAUGCUUCAAAACAAUGCUUCAUAUCCUAAACAGGUUGUUCAAGCAAUUUACGAUGUUGCGGAAGCAACAGCUCAUGUAUUACAGAAAAAUUUGGAGCACAAGGUUCUACUUAAAUGAUCAAAAUUCACGAUUAAAAGUGGCAGAGCUAGCCCAUGUGUGGAACGAGCUAGUUCAAUGUUCUAUGUUGGAAGAGUGAAGGGAGAUGGUUUAUGGGGGCUCGUUUGUCCACAAAAUACUGUUGAUUAUUGGUACUGCUUAGUACACAUGAUUAGUGUACCACAAUUUAUGGGAAAUAUUAUACUCA